AUGCUCGAUGUUGGAAAUCUGGAUGCCCAGAUCAGGUCAUCGAUUGAAGACAUGAGGAGGAGAAUGGCCCAAGGCGAGUCACCAAUCAACCCGCCCAUCACCUCCACAACGUCCACCUCGAGCUCCUCCACGACGUCCACGACUUCCACCUCACCGAUGUGCCUAACACCGAAGUCGAUUCAAGAACUGUUGGAGAGUAGUACCGCCAACAACGAUGACCUCAACCGGAUGCUUACGUUGUCCAAACAGUUGCACUACAUUGUCUCACCCAUCCCCAAUAAUGUAGAUGUCAAUUUGAUCCUGUAUUCGCUCAUCAUUGAUCGAUCGAAGACCCAGAGGGACAAGAAGACCAACGAACUCUACAUCGAUGGUUACCGCGUUCAGGAGGAGCCAACGGGUCCACGUAUCUCGGACUAUCUAUUGGAGUACAGGGAACCCAGAGCUCAAGACAGACCCUACAGACCGAUCAAAAGGGAGCCAUCCAAUCUAGUCGAAGAUGCAAUCAACUGCGACGAGGAUGACGAAGUGGAUGAGGAGGCCAUCUACGUCAAGAGAGAGCAACAGUAA